ACGAAGAUAAGAAAACGAUUCUCACCGGAACGGAACAACAUCAUAUACGCGACCAAGACGAUUAGCUUGUGUGUGUGUGUACGGUAGAGGUGGUAGUGAGGACUAAAGUCAAAAGGCGAGCAAGACAGUGCAACUAAAGACAACAGGCCAACAAGAGUGUACAGAGACGUUUUGGGGUUUUACAUUCCUGAUUAUAACAAAGACAAACAUGGAUUUGAAGUUAUUCCUUCUAGUUGGAGUGUGUUGUGUGCUCCGUGCAUCAGCACAGGACAGAAGUAAAGCCAUGCAGGCCGAACGGACGGGACAGCUUCGCCGCCUGAAUCCGCGCUUCGGGCGGAAUUUCGUCUUGCCGCCCUUAACCGACGAGAACAACGCCAUUCAAGACGCCGAGAACAGGGAAGAACACAUGAACGAGAUCCUGAACACGAUACCUGGCGAGGCUGACGAAAUGGAACCAGGCAUGGCUGACGGCACAUGGCGCCUACCCCUCGAGAACCAACUUUUCAAAUACUUCAACAGACCGCGUCGGUAUUAAACCCUCUAAAACAGACUUUCACCAACACCACAUCCCUUUAACUUUUAGAUAAGAAAAAACAAACAAAUCCGACCAAAGAUUAAAACACACUAAGAUAAAGAAACCAUUUCAAACUGAAUUUCAGUUCUGGGCCCAAUUUCAUAAAACAUGUAAGCAGCCGUGGUGGUUACGGGGCGUCCCCUAGAAGAAGUUAUAUUUCAUAAAGCUGUUUAAUACUGUAAGCAAGGGUAAAUGCUCGAUAACCCGCGGUUAGCACGAGAGUGACGUUAACAAAUGCAAUUUCGUGUUGAACGUGCAUGCGCGUCGAGAAUUUGCCUGCUUACUUGGGAAAUUAUGGUGAAGUACGCGAUGCUAACGCCCAAUGUUCUGCUACAGUAAGCACAAAAAUGUGCUAACCGGUAAACAGCUUUAUGAAAUUGGGCCCAGCUUGUAGAUUCGGUGAGAAUGGUCCAUUGAUACCAUAGCAGUUAUAAUUUCGAUACCAAGCCUUCAUUACUGUUAACAGAUAUUGAAACAGAAGCAUUAUGUAUUGUCAAGGCGACUCUCUAAUUCCCGUUGUCUUUGUUGAGAAGACGUGCGACGUGAAAAGAGAAGCGCCGAUUCUUUCAAACUUAUUGCACUUCGUGGGCGGUGCAUUGAAAUCCGACAGACUGAUUCCACGCGCCACACGCGGCAAACGAGUUUACGAGGAAGUUUGUGUCGUGUUUGUUUUAUUUGUCGUCGUCCAUUUUGGUUUUCACCGCCUUUAUUCACAAACAGCAAGUUCGAGUGCGCAUGUUUUAGUCAUCUACUGACAAGCAACGUACAUGCGCAGUGACGCACCCACUCGAACGUUUCGUUUGGAACCCCAGUCAACCAUCGACACCACGGUUUUCAACACUACUCCAUUGCUUUCCGCGUGUUCGCCAUAGUGUCACUGGUUCCGCUCUGCGCUAUACACAUGUUAGCAUGUAACUGGCUAUUGGGACCAGUCAUGAGGCUGGUUCCAAAUGGUCGACCGCAGUAGUCAACAAAUGGUCGACCAGCUUGGGUGCGAGUCAACAUUAUAGUCAACACAGUGCGCACUCGAGCUUGCUCAUAUGUGCACGGGUGAAUAGAAACACCCGAGGUCGCAUUAUAUAGCCUAUUAGUCCAUGUCUUAGGCCCUUUUCGAAUACACGGCUUCGGGCUUCAGCUUCGGCUCAGGCUAGCUUGGCCCCGCGGUUGUUUUUGACAAUUGCGCUAGCUUCGCGUACGCGCUCAGGGCUUCAGACGAGAGGACGGAGCCUGAAGCCGAAUCCAAAGCCGAAGCCGUGGUUACGUAAAUGGCCAUAGUGUAGUGUCCUUGGAUUGUAUCGUGAUGGCGGUUUGUUUUAAAAAUUUACUAAUUAUUACAACCGUUUUAAAAAUGAAAACCUCGUUCUCAGGUUGGAAUAACUACCCAUCUUGUGGGCGAGCAAUGAAGGCAGUUAUUUAUUCCCAGUGGACAAGGUUGUGUACAAAACGAUAUCUGGUUAUCAUAAAAGGAAAUCCGGGUGUUGUGAAAUUCUCUUCUUUGUACAAAACCGAAGGGAAAAAUCGGCAGAAAGAAAACAAAACAAUGAGGGGAAAAUGAGACGUCCUUGAUUUAACGGUUAUUCGUCUUUGGGGUGUGUUUGUGUGUGUUUACUUUUAUGUCUAACAAAGUUGUGCCACCAUGUUUGCUUUACACUAACCAAUACUACUAAUAAAAUAGUGUGGAAUUUAACAAUCAUUUUGUGGUUAUUUCUCAUAGUGAGUAUAAACUAAAUGUAGAUUUCCACACAUGUAAGAAAACACAACCCCAUACAGUUUCAAUACAUGUACAGUAUAGUUCAAACACGUAAACCUAGAUUCAGUGUAAGAAGGUCGACGAAAUAAUAUCCUUAUUUAGUUGUGUACCAAUGGCCAUGGCCAUCGAGUGUUGAUGGCGACAUUUCAAAGACAGAUCCAUGUUGUAAAAUAUUCAUUUUGCUUACAAUCAGUUGAUCCAGAUAGAGUCAGCCUGACCGGAAACUCUGCUAUAGUUUAGGCUGACUUGAUUGCUAGUCAGAAAGGCAUGAACAAACCGGGUCAAAACACCAAUCCGGAAGCCAUCAGAGUCUAGUGUGAAUAAACAGGUUAAUGCCGACCGUGAUAAGAGUCAGUCUGACCCUUGACCCCUACCAGACAUUCUGAGAGAUGGUAUCUGAAAACAUCAAGUCUGGGUUCGCAACAAAACACAACAUCAGUUCUAUCGGAUCUACUAAAGUCACCUCAAAGACUGCAUACUUAAAUAACUGUAUUAAAACCAUUGUUUAUCGUUUUGACGCUUGUAAAUAUGGGAUGAAAUGCAAACGAACUUUAUGUCACAAGUGGUUUCAAUCCAAAAAGUAAUGGUUAAUUUAGAGAUUUGUUUAUAUGAAAUAAAUUGUGUAAAAACGUUCACAUAUAAAAUUCAAGCGGUUAAAUCUA